AUGUUGCGUAUUGUUUCAGAAUGUCUGGAUUUUGAUCUCCCUUCGACUUUGACCCCAACGACUACAAAGGCGAUUUCUCAGUCGCCUCCCGAAACAAUUCAGCGGCGGAGUAAAAGAAGCAAGCCAAAUCCUGUCUCUCCAUCUACCAACUCUCAAUCUGUUCCGUUUUCCAAAGUGCUUCUCCUACCACGCACAAAUUCAAUGGAUUCCAUUGAAGACAUUUUUGAUUCUGCGCUUAAUCUAGAACAAUCCCACUACGAAGAAGGUUACGAAGAAGGCUAUGCAAACGGGUUAGUCUCGGGUAUAGAAGAAGGACGCCAGGUGGGUCUGAAAACGGGGUUCCAAGUGGGCGAGGAAUUGGGUUUUUACAGAGGCUGCAUUGACAUCUGGAACUCCAGUAUCCGGGUCGACCUGAAUCACUUCUCGACCCGGGCCAAGAAAACCAUAAGCCAGAUGGAUGAAUUACUCAAGAAGUACCCGAUAUCCGACCCUGAAAACGAUUCCGUAUCUGAUGUUAUGGAAUCUUUAAGGCUCAAGUUUAGAGCUAUUUGUGCCACACUGAAUGUUAAAUUGGAGUAUAAUGGGUACCCUAAAGCCUCUGAUGUUGAAAAUAUUGAAUUUUGA